GCGACUAGAUUACACUUGCUUGUGCACUCGAACAGAACCCAGAUAUAGCCAGAAACAUCUUCAAGUCGAAAUGUUCAAGAAAACGGGAUUAUGUGUUCUAUUAUUUUUGUUGGUAUCGUUGUUUACCGUGGCGCUGUGUUUCCAAGAAGAUGACGCCACGAAGCCAAUCAGAAUGGCUGAGAAUAUGAACAAAGAGGACAGCUUGAUUCUGCAGCGAAUAAAAAGACAGCUUUUUAGACCAGGUUUUGCACCAGUGAUAGCACGGGCUCGAGCGCCUACAGUGAUUGUCGUUCCUGAAAGAGGUACCGCGAAUUAUCCAGUAUAUGGCAAUGUUCCCAUGUCGCCGUAUAGCGUCAACAAUCCCAACAGAGGGACGACGGUGGUCGUCAGUCAAAUACCGGAAUAUAAUUACAACGGUAUUGGCCGAACCUACGGCGUGCCUACCCUAUAAGGAUAUAAAACAAUAUUUGUACUUAGUCACUGUCGUUACACUGGCGUGAAUUUUUAAAAGAAAUUGCUCAUUUUCUUUUGUCAUUAACCAUUUUUUAUUUACUUUUGUACAUUUAUCAUUUAAAAUUAAAUAGAUUACUUACCGA